AUGUUAGCAGAGUGGGAGGCUGUCCAGACUGCAUUGAGAGAUCCUGCCAAUGAUCUCGUGAUGCCAUUCCACCUCAGGGCCCACGCAGAGGAACUUCUGUCCAUCUGUGUUGUCUGGAAGAACAAGGUUCGAGAGAUCCCUUGCGCUUGGCCAGUCGAGCAUUGGGGUCCUACAAACAAGGAUUUGCUUCGAGCCACUCGAGACCAGGUGCAGUCAUCAUUUUUCCAGGAUGACAAUGAUGAUGAGAGUGUUGGAGUGGUGGAUGAGAGUGAUGAGGAUGGUGAUCUGGCAUAUUCUGAGGUUGGAGAUGAUGAACUUAUGGAUGCGAUUGAGGAGGUUGCAUUAGCUGAUGAGUACAGGUAUCAGGAUGAGGACUUUAUUGAUGACAUUGACAUUGAGGAUAGUUUUAUGCCUUCAUCACCUACCAAAUCGACACCUAAAAAACGGCGCCGCAUAUAA